AUGCAUAAUAUCUAAAUUAUUAUAGUCAUUCAUAUUAUCUCUGUGCAUCCCACUAUUUAAACUAACCCCUCAAUCAAGAUUUUUAAAGACCUUAAAUUAAUCUAAUUUAAGAACAUAUAAAUAGAUUUAUUUUUAUUAGAAAAUCAACUAUUUUUCUCUAAAGACCAUCCUAUUAAGAAACUCAUAAAGCCACAAAUCAACAAUAUUAUCACUCUUUAUCAAUUUUCAAUCUGCAUAAAUAUCGAAUAACAAAUGAAUAGAAUAAAAGUUGGAAACCUGUUUUAAAAAAUUUAAACUUCUCUUGCAAAUAAAAUUAAUUUAAUCACUAUACUUUUAGCAAUUCAUCAAUUAAAUAGUAAAUCAACAUCUGAUGAAACUGAGCGGUAAUAAUAGGUCAUUGUUGAUUAAAUCAAUAGGCAAUAUUUAAAUUUACUGUUAGGCAAAAUAUCUAAACUGGUAGAGUAUAAGGGUUUAUUUUCUUUUAUGGAUAAUCUUAAACGUUAGGACUCAUUGAUUAUUCUAAAUUAGGAGAAAUUUGAUUGA